CGAGCAUCUCUUCCGCAUAAGAGGAGCUUUCCGCCUUCUUCCCAAAUAUUCCGAACUGUCCGUCCCAUCUUCGAGAGGCGGAAACCCUAACACAGUCUCCCUCUAUCGCGGCGCCGCGCACUUCUUCUCUCUGGUCCGACUGAUUUUUGCUGCGCCGACCCUCAAGCAAGAUGGGUUCUCGUUUCUGGACACAGGGGAGCGACACAGAGGAGGAAGAGGAGAGUGAGUUGGAGGAGGAGAUCGAAAUCGGGGAGGAUCGUGAUACGGGCGAUGCCGCCGCUAGGAGUAAGUACCUUCAGACCGGUGGCAGCGACAGCGAGGACUCCGAUGACCAGCGCCGGGUUGUCCGCUCCGCCAAGGACAAGAGGUUCGACGAGAUGCGAUCGACCGUGGAGCAGAUGAAGAACGCCAUGAAGAUCAAUGAUUGGGUGAGCCUGCAGGACAGCUUUGACAAGAUCAACAAGCAGCUCGAGAAGGUCAUCCGGGUAACGGAGUCGGAGAGAGCUCCCAGUCUCUACAUAAAGGCGCUGGUAAUGCUGGAGGACUUCCUGGCCGAGGCACUUGCUAACAAGGAGGCCAAGAAGAAGAUGAGCAGCACCAACGCGAAGGCCCUCAACUCCAUGAAGCAGAAGCUGAAGAAGAACAACAAGCAAUACGAGGAACUAAUAGAAAGUUACAGGGCUAACCCCGAGAGUGACGAGGAAGGUGACGGGGACAUGGGCGACGAAGAAGAGGACGAGGAGUCGGAUGGUGAAUUUGAGGAGGACCCCACGAAGAUGGCCUUGGACUCAGAGGUGGAGGAAGAAGAUGAGGACGAGCAGGAAGAUGGGGAGGGAGGUUGGGAGAAGAAGAAAACUAAGAAGGACAAGCUGAUGGACAAGCAAUUUAUGAAGGAUCCGAGCGAGAUUACAUGGGAUAAUGUCGAUAAGAAACUGAAGGAGAUCGUUGCGGCCAGGGGCAGAAAGGGAACCGGCAGGAUUGAACAGGUUGAGCAGCUUUCCUUUCUCACCAGGGUUGCCAAAACCCCAGCCCAGAAACUGGAGAUUCUGUUCAGCGUCGUCUCCGCGCAAUUCGAUGUGAAUCCUAGCCUUCUCGGACACAUGCCAGUUAACGUGUGGAAGAAGUGUGCACAAAAUAUGCUCAUCAUUCUUGACAUUCUUGAGCAGUACCCGAACAUUGUUGUGGAUGACUCGGUGGAGCCAGACGAGAACGAAACACAAAAGGAUGCCAAUUACAAAGGAACUAUUCGAGUCUGGGGCAACAUUGUCGCGUUUUUGGAAAGGUUGGAUACCGAAUUUUUCAAGAGCUUGCAGAGCACUGAUCCUCAUACAAAAGAGUACGUGGAGAGACUUCGGGACGAACCUCUAUUUUUUGUGAUAGCGCAGAAUGUGCAAGCCUAUCUGGAGCGAGUUGGGGACACGAAGGCAGCUGCCAGGGUGGCCCUCAAGCGAGUGGAGCUGGUUUACUACAAGCCUCAGGAAGUUUAUGAUGCUAUGAGGAUGCUUGCAGAGGCGAGGGUCGAUACAGCCUUCUCUGCUGCUCUUGAAAACGGAGAUGCGGAUGCUGGAGAGGAUGGGAAGCCAGAGGAAACACAAGAAGAAUUGAGAGGUCCCCCUGCUUUUGUUGCGACGCCCGAGCUUGUUCCACGGAGGCCAACUUUUCCGGAGAGCUGCAGAGUAUUUAUGGAUGCGUUAGUUUCUGUGAUCUACAGGUUUGGCGAUGAGCGCACAAAGGCUAGGGCGAUGCUUUGUGAUAUCUACCACCAUGCUAUUUCGGAUGAAUUCUCAAUUGCCCGUGAUCUUCUUCUAAUGAGCCAUUUGCAGGAAAAUGUUCAACACAUGGAUAUAGCAACUCAGAUACUUUUUAACCGUGCAAUGGCACAACUCGGUUUGUGUGCCUUUAGAGUUUCUCUCAUUACAGAGGCUCAUAGUUGUCUCUCCGAGCUCUAUGCUGGCGGAAGGAUUAAAGAGCUGCUUGCCCAAGGAGUUUCUCAAAGCCGUUAUCAUGAAAAGACUCCAGAGCAGGAAAAACUCGAGAGGAGAAGACAGAUGCCCUACCACAUGCACAUAAACCUUGAGUUGUUAGAAGCUGUUCAUUUAAUAUGUGCCAUGCUUUUGGAGGUACCCAACAUGGCGUGCAGCACGCAUGAUGCAAAACGCAGAGUCAUAAGCAAGACAUUUCGCCGUCACUUGGAAAUCAGUGAGCGGCAGACCUUUACUGGUCCACCAGAAAAUGUCCGUGACCAUGUCAUGACUGCAACAAGAUUGUUAACCAAAGGGGACUUCCAGAAAGCUUUCCAAGUGAUCGAGUCUCUUGAUGUGUGGAAGCUGCUGCGCAACAAAGAGAAGGUACUGGAGAUGUUAAGGUCUAAGAUUAAAGAAGAAGCUUUGAGGACGUACUUGUUUACUUACUCUUCCUGUUAUGAGUCUUUGAGUCUGGACCAGCUUGCUGCAAUGUUCGACCUUGCUGAAGCAAGUGUCCACAGCAUUGUCAGCAAGAUGAUGGUUUUGGAAGAACUUCAUGGUAGUUGGGAUCAGCCAACUAGGUGCAUCGUCUUCCAUAAUGUUGGACAUACACGACUCCAAGCCUUGGCCUUCCAAUAUGCUGAAAAAUUAGGAGUUCUAGUAGACAGCAAUGAGAAGGCCUGGGAAGCCAGGACGGGUGGAUCACUGGAUGGGCUUCCUCCUAGAAGAAGAGAGGGGCAAGACUAUGCAGGUGCAGCUUCAGGGAAAUGGCAGACUGAUUUCUCUGCACAGGGAAGACAAACGACUUACGGUGGUCGGUCUGGUUAUGGUGGUGCGGGUGGGAGAACAGCUUCUUCUGUUGUUUCUUCUGGUGGGGCAUUUUCUAAAGAUCGACAAGGAGGAGGUGGAUAUUCCAGUGGUUACCAGAGCACCCGUUACCAGGACGCAUACAGCAACAUUGGGAGGACGCCUUAUCAGUCUGGUUCGGUUACUAGAGGGUCACAGUUGGACAGCUCCACUCGGAUGGUCAGUUUUGCAAAGGUAGGCCGUGUUUGAAGAGGAAAAUCUAUACAAAUCGAGUUAUUUUUUUCUCGUCUGUUUGCUUUUAUUCGUCUGCCACUAUAAAGUAUUUGAGGCUGUUAAACUACCUGAACCUUGGAUUAUUCUGUUUUUAAGGGAAUGUUCUUCACUAUUA